GUCAUCAUCAGUCUGAUUAUGCGGUUCUUGUGGGAAACAUAUUCUUGUGCAGGCCGUUUUCUCUCUGUCCAGUGAGCGUCGCGUAACCGACGAACCGAAACACAAUCGAAAGUCGCUGUGCUUGAAGUAGGUAGGGUGUUGCGUGCGCUGAUUAUCUCGUGUGACUCCGGUUGGAUGAGUUCGGUCCGCCGAAUGGACGCAAAAAGGCGCCGAAACAACAACGUUGGCUCAUCUGCCGUCGGCUUUAUUUGGGCACUAAUUGCAUGCGGCCUUGCUGCCAUCCCACUACAGGGAGCUCCAGCCGGGUGGGAAUCGGUUCGGACCUCCGCCUUCCACCAGGUUCCCACGAAAGAAAUGUUUGAGUUUAUGCGGCGAUACGGUUACCUGGAGAAGGGUCCCACUCAAGCCGAAGCACUUUACAGCGAGGAGGCGGUUGUUAUGGCCAUCAAGAACAUACAGCGAUACGGGGCGCUGCCGGAAACUGGUGUCCUGGAUCCCAGAACAAUUCGACUAAUGUCAUCCCCACGCUGUGGCGUUGUAGACCAGAUGCCACAAGAGCAGUCGAUGCGACAUCGAAGGUACGUUAUCGGGUCCGAAAGUUGGAGGAAGCGGAAGAUAACCUACUUCAUCGCCAACUGGAGCAGCAAAGUAGGCGAGGACUCGGUAGCCAAGUUCAUGCAGCGGGCCUUGAACGAGUGGGCCAAGUACAGCAACUUGAAGUUUGUGCGUGUGUACGAUCCCUCGGCGGACAUCAUAGUAGGCUUCGGCAGCGGUCACCACGGUGAUAAUUACCCCUUCGAUGGUCCAGGUAACAUCCUGGCCCAUGCCUUCUACCCAUAUGAGAUGCAAUCCUACGGUGGUGACAUCCACUUUGACGAGGACGAAAACUGGAAGGAGAAUCCUACGCAUCUCUCGGAUGGCGUCGAUUUCUACUCCGUUGCAAUCCACGAACUGGGUCACUCUCUGGGUUUGGCACAUUCUCCGGUCUACAGCUCACUCAUGUUCCCAUACUACAAGGGAAUCACUCAAGGAACGCUAGACUAUGACGACAUCCUGGCUGUGUACAAGCUAUACAUUCAAAACCCUUACAUCACCGACGAACCCUAUGGCUACGCCACCGAAGAAACCAUCGUCGAAGAAGAAUACGACGAACCUACCACGCCAGCAGUGACUCCUGAGCCUAUACCGCGACUUCCAGACUUUGUAACGGAGCCGCUAAACCCAACCGACCUCCCGACAACUGUCGUGCCUCCGUACGACAUCCCCAUAACCUACGUAGGGGACUACACCACCGUUGAUGACCACCUGACUAGGCACCAGUACGAAGGAGUUACCCGACCCGACCUACCGGAGUUCACUCAAAUGCCUAACGUUUGCUCCGGAGGAUUCGACGCAGUCGGAGUACUUCGUGGAGAGGUGUUCAUCUUCAAGGGGGCUUAUCUGUGGCGAUUGACGGAGAAGUACCGGAUUCGUGAGGGCUACCCGGUACGGAUCUGGCAGGUGUUUCGGGGGUUCCCAAGGGAGGUGCAGCGUAUCGAUGCCGUCUAUGAGCGAGAGUUUGACAACGCCGUGGUGCUGUUUUCAGGUAAACACUACUGGAUUUUCGACGGACUCUACUUCCUGCAUCCAGAGGCUCGGCCUAUUACAGAUUUCGGGUUACCUAACACCCUAGAGAAGAUUGAUGCAGCCAUGGUUUGGUCGAAGAAUCAAAAGACUUACCUUUUCGCCGGUGAUCAAUUCUGGCGGUUCAACGACACUACCGGAACGUUGGACGAAGAUUAUCCAAUGUCUAUGGAUCGUUGGUACGGUAUUCCAACCAAUCUGGAUGCAGCCACGUCCGUUUCCAGUGGAAAGACGUAUUUCUUCAAGGGGAAUUAUUACUGGUUGUACAACAACGACCGGGUUCGUCCGGAACGAGGCUACCCACGGAAGGCAAGUAAUGUAUGGUUAGGAUGUCGCGUUGCUUAGUUUGCCAUUUUUGUCAAUAAAAUCAUCCAAAAUAUCAUCCAGCGAAAACCGC